UCCUCUCUCUCUUUCUGCAUCUGCCUGCCAGCGCGAGUAUUUACAAACAGCUCGCCCCUGUCCUGGAUACCGGGAGCAACACAGCGCCCGUCGAGCGAGUACUUUUCCGCGUCGCUCCUGCGCGAUUCCGCAGUCUCUCGCCAAGUUUACGACUGCUGGCACCCGUUCAGCGGCGCGUGAAUGUCUCGGAAGUGUUUACAAAAGCCGCUUCGCCGAACACACUCGUCAGUGCAACAGAUGCUUCGGAGCUGACCGCACACCGCCGCUUAGCGUUGGCUGCUCCGAGCAGGAAAGCUGUCCGCAGUCGCUGCUACGUCAGAGAGCUAGGAGUUUGAUCGCCACUUGUUUUCUCGCAGAAAGACAGAUUAGUGUGGAAAUUUCUCAGUUUGGCACCGGACGCGUCAGUAAGGAUGGCCAUGGAGACGCUGGCGCAGUCGCCGAACGCGCGGAUCUGCAAGACGGUGCUGGAGAAGUACAUGCGACUUCCGCAGCCCGACAACAAGGUCCAGGCCACGUACAUCUGGAUUGACGGCACGGGCGAGAACCUUAGGGCCAAGGAUCGCACGUUACCUUCCCUGCCUAAGUCCAUCAAAGACUACCCCAUCUGGAACUACGAUGGCAGCUCAACGUACCAGUCCGAGGGCCACAACUCCGACCUGUACCUGCACCCGGUAGCUGUGUACAAGGAUCCGUUCCGGCCCGGUGCAGAAAACGUGCUUGUGCUCUGCGACACCUAUAAGCCGAACAAGGAACCCACAGAAUCCAAUAAGCGAUACAAGUGCUUAGAGGCAAUGGAGCGAGCAGCAGCACACAAACCGUGGUUUGGUAUCGAGCAGGAGUACACACUACUGGACACAGACCUUCAUCCCUUCGGCUGGCCGAAGAAUGGCUUUCCUGGACCCCAAGGGCCCUACUACUGUGGUGUCGGUGCCAACAAGGUGUACGCACGUGAGCUUGUGGAGGCACAUUACCGUGCUUGCCUGUAUGCAGGCAUUGAUAUUGCAGGAACCAACGCAGAGGUCAUGCCUGCACAGUGGGAAUUUCAAGUUGGCCCUGGUGAGGGUAUGAAAUGCGCUGACGAUCUUUGGGUGGCUCGAUAUAUCCUACACCGGAUAUCUGAGGAAUAUGGCAUUGUAGUUACAUUGGAUCCGAAACCAAUGCCAGGGAACUGGAAUGGUGCAGGAGCACACUGUAACUUUUCAACUCUGGAAAUGAGAGAAGAAAAUGGCAUAAUAGAAAUUGAGAAAGCUAUCGACAAGCUUUCAAAGCAACAUCUGCGCCAUAUUCAAGCAUAUGAUCCCAAGGGUGGGAAGGACAAUGAAAGGCGAUUGACUGGAGCCCAUGAGACAUCGUCCAUUCACAAUUUCUCAGCAGGUGUAGCUAAUCGUGGUGCCAGCAUUCGCAUUCCUCGUGAAGUAGCAGAACGGAAGCAGGGCUACCUGGAAGAUCGUCGACCAUCAUCCAACUGUGAUCCGUAUGCAGUGUGUGAAGCACUGGUCCGCACAUGCGUUCUCAACGAGUAGAUUUUAUAUAGCUUGUUAUUACUUGCUGCUGUACCUUACACAAAAUCGAAAACUUGUACAGAUAAGCCAUAUCACUUGAGCACCAUGAGCACACCAAAUUUUUAUACAUACGGUGUGUAACAAAAUUAAAUUUUACUUCAGAGACAUUGUUUAGCCACUUGAAAGUAAAUUGGUAUGAAUAUAGAAUUUAGUGAUUGUAUUGAUCAAACUGCAGAUAUUUUAAAAUGCUUUUUUUACAUAAAAGGUAAGUGUUAUUGGAUGGAGUACUGAAUGAAAUGCGAAAUUUUUAAUUGUUAAACGAAUUUGCUAAGUAAAGGCUACAUUAUUUCCUGAAUUGCAAAAUGCUUGUUUACUGAGUGUGAAAGUGCAUAUUUUAUUGCAGUUAAGGAAGCAGUAAAUAUUGUCUGCAUGUAAGUUAAAGGGUGGUGCUUUUCUUACUAUAAUUAGUGAACAGCUCUUCUGUGAUCAGUUUUAACAAAUAGUAAAGCAUCCAUCAAUAGUCUGAGGCCUCUGUCAAAAUGAGUGGAAUGUGUUUGCUUUUAAUACUCAAGAUACAUUCUCUACAUCUGUAAUUCCUUUACAUGUCUUAUUAGUAAUUUCUUUCCCAAUUAAAUGUAUAAUUUUUUUACUGUCACCAAGUAUUCAGGUUUGGACUGGAGAGUAAUGCUGCCAAUUGCUAAACCAACCUCCAUGAUGAGAUGAUGUCUGUGCUCAUGUACAAACACCAAAUUACAAUAUUUUUAUAUCAAACAUAUUUCUGAGUAAUUCUGUGAAAGCAUUUGCGCAUUACACAUCACACUAUAUUAUGCAAUAUAGGGCAGCAACAUUUAUUCCAUAAGAAAAUUAUGAAAAAACAAUGUUAUUAAUUCUGUUGCUAUAUUCUAUGAAAUACAAAACAAAUAAUAAAGUGCCUUUAUUUUGUAUGCAAUAAAGAUAUUAUAUAGUUA